UCCGGUUCAACAACAACCGCCGCGAAGAUUUGACGUAGAAUUUCAAGAUGGCGUCGCAAUACUACCUGGACAUGCAAGAAAGCUUUAGAAAUAACAACAAAAGUCGGGAAUUUCCUGCUCACACAGCUAAAGUCCACUCAGUUGCGUGGAGUUGUGAUGGCAGAAGACUUGCUUCCGGGUCUUUUGACAAAACAGCCAGCGUUUUUGUCCUCGAAAAGGACCGUUUGGUGAAAGAGAACAACUACAGGGGUCAUAGUGACAGCGUGGAUCAGCUCUGCUGGCAUCCCACCAACCCAGACCUGUUUGUCACAGCAUCAGGAGACAAAACCAUCCGCAUAUGGGAUGUCCGCACCACCAAAUGUAUCGCCACCGUCAACACGAAGGGUGAAAACAUCAACAUCUGCUGGAGCCCCGACGGUCAAACCAUCGCUGUCGGAAACAAAGAUGACGUGGUGACCUUCAUCGACGCCAAGACGCAUCGCUCUAAAGCAGAGGAGCAGUUUAAGUUCGAGGUGAACGAGAUCUCCUGGAACAAUGACAACGACAUGUUCUUCCUCACAAACGGCAACGGCUGCAUCAAUAUUCUCAGUUAUCCGGAGCUGAAGCCCAUUCAGUCCAUCAACGCUCACCCGUCCAACUGCAUCUGCAUCAAGUUCGACCCCACAGGGAAGUACUUUGCUACAGGAAGUGCCGAUGCCCUGGUCAGUUUGUGGGACGUGGAGGAGCUGGUGUGUGUUCGCUGCUUCUCCAGACUGGAUUGGCCGGUGAGGACGCUGAGCUUCAGCCAUGAUGGCAAGAUGUUGGCCUCGGCAUCUGAGGAUCACUUUAUUGACAUUGCAGAGGUGGAAACAGGAGAGAAGCUGUGGGAGGUGCAGUGCGAUUCUCCAACCUUUACAGUGGCCUGGCAUCCAAAGCGGCCCCUGCUGGCGUACGCCUGCGACGACAAGGAAGGCAAAUACGACAACAACCGAGAGGCGGGCACAGUCAAACUGUUCGGCCUCCCCAAUGACUCCUGAUGGACAUCUACUGUUUUGUCCUGGAAAUAAUGCAGGGAAAUCCCAAAGCGGCUCCUACUGCAGUAACCUUCUGUCACCAGCAGAUGGCGCCGCUCUCCUUAGCUUCCUUUGAAAUGGCUGACAUGGCACCCUGGUUUUGAUCACAGAUAAAAACAUAAUUCCCCAUACUGUAAGAUAUUUUUAUGUAAAAUAGUGUUUUUUUUUAUUAUUA